AAUCCCAACGAUCAGUUGGGUCUCAGAAAUGCUCAGGUGUUUCAACGAGCCACACACUCCAAAAAGACUUUACACACCUUUAGGAUGGAAACAGGUUCACAGCAUCACAGAUCAUCAAAAUUCACAAGAUAAACUAAACUUCAAAGUAAUUACCUUUCUGUGUGUUUGGUUAAUAUUGUUAUGGAGUGAAAGGUGGCUAAUAAAAACAAAUCACACCAUACUCCCUAACCCCCACCCACUGAGAACAAAGCAUAUUUAUACUCAAAUCUGUCCGUGGAUGUGGUUCUCAAUCAGUCCAGUUCGUCCUUUGGUUAAUGCAGAUCUCUUGACUCGCAUUUUGCUGCAGUACAUUCCCUUGUGCAAAACAGCUAGAGCAACAUAAUUAUUAACUAUUAGCAUAAUUUUAUCCCCCUACAGUAUCUUUUCACAUCACUAAUUCUCUUUGAAGGCAAAGCAGAUCCAUCCAUCCAAUAUAACAAAAGGAUUUAUGAGUUCUCUAUCUGGAAUUAAAAGCCAUUGCUACCAAUCUCAAUGGGCCCACCUGUUGAAGUGUGUUGAAAUGAAUGGGCAAUAUUUUAAGCAGCGCGUUUCACUGUCCCAUUCCUAAUUUACAUCUGUUUCACAGUUGUCAAGACCUCUACGACGAGCUCUGUAAACAAAACAUCGCCGACAGCUUGGAAAUAAUUUACAAUUUCACUGAAAACUGAUUAACUGCCCAUACAGUUGUUUAUUACAUGUCUGUGCUACAUAGAAAGACAACCAGACACACAGUUCAGAGAUCAAGAGAAACUCUGGGUCUAGACCAAACCCGUUGGCAUGUUGAAUGAAAAGUGUGGCCAGAAAGAGCUUCCACCAGAGGUGGAGGAGAGAGGACACUGGGGAAGCAAGGUGGAGUUUCUCCUGGCCGUAGCUGGAAAUGUUGUCGGCCUCGGCAACGUCUGGAGGUUCCCGUACCUCUGCUACAAAAACGGAGGGGGUGCAUUCUUGGUGCCAUAUCUGGUUUUUGUGGUGACCUGUGGCGUACCUCUGUUCCUGCUGGAAACAACCAUGGGCCAGUACACCCAGGAGGGGGGCAUCACCUGCUGGAGGAAGCUGUGUCCGCUAGCAGAAGGUAUAGGCUUUGGAGGACAGCUGAUCCUCUUCUACAGCUGCAUGACGUACAUCAUUAUUCUGUCCUGGGCUUUGCUCUAUUUCAUCUUCUCCUUCAGCUCCCAGCUCCCCUGGGCCAGUUGCAACAACUACUGGAACACAGAGGACUGUGUGGACUUUUCAACAAACAGCACCUCCAAGUGGACCAACGGGACUAAUUCCACCUCAGCGGCCACAGAAUUCUGGGAACGGCGUGUCCUGGCUAUCUCAGGGGGAAUUGAGGAGGUGGGCAGCAUCAGGUGGGAGGUGCUGUUGUGCUUGAUUGUAAUGUGGAUCAUCUGCUACUUCUGCAUCUGGAAAGGAGUCAAGUCCACAGGAAAGGUGGUGUACUUCACUGCCACCUUCCCGUAUGUCAUGUUGGUAAUCCUUUUGAUCCGAGGACUGACUCUUCCCGGCGCUCUUGAAGGAGUCCUUUAUUAUCUUCUUCCUGAACCGUCACGACUCACUGACCCUCAGGUGUGGAUGGAGGCCGGCGCACAGAUCUUCUUCUCCUACAGUGUUGGGGUCGGCUCUAUAACCGUAUUGGGCAGCUACAACAAACACAAUAACAACUGCUACAGGGACUGCCUGUGGCUGUGUUUCCUGAACAGUGGCACCAGUGUUGUAGCUGGGUUCGCCGUGUUCUCUGUGCUGGGUUUCAUGGCUCAUCAGCAAGGCAUUCCCAUUGCAGAGGUGGCCGAGUCAGGUCCAGGCCUGGCAUUCAUCGCAUACCCUCAGGCGGUGGCCAUGAUGCCUCUGCCCCAGCUCUGGUCCAUCUGCUUCUUCGUCAUGCUCAUCCUCUUGGGUCUGGACACACAAUUUGUCGCCAUGGAGGUGGUGAUGACGUCCAUCAUUGACAUGUUUCCCAGAGCUUUGCGACGGGCAGGACGCCGGGAGAUCUUCCUCCUGUUCUUCUGUCUGAGUUGCUUCCUCUCUCAACUCGUCAUGAUCACCGAAGGGGGGAUGUUUGUGUUCCAGCUGUUUGACUACUACGCAUGCAAUGGAGCCUGCAUCCUCUUCCUCUGUGUGUUUGAAACUCUGUCCAUGGGCUGGGUGUUCGGGGCAGAUCGGUUGUAUGGCAUCAUAGAGGAUAUGACAGGGAUGAAGGCCAAUCCUUUCUUCAAAAUCUGCUGGCUUUACCUCACACCACUGGUCUCGCUGGGAUCUUUCAUAUGUUCCUUAGUCGAGUAUCAGCCUCUGACCUUUAAUCGCUGGUACGUCUACCCGUCCUGGGCUUACGUGUUGGGCUGGGUGCUGGCACUCUCCUCCAUCCUGCUUGUGCCUGGGUGGGCACUUUAUAAGAUGAUGACCGCAAGCGGCACACCUAGGCAGCGCCUCCAGUACUUGUGCCAGCCUGCUCUGAGUGACUCACCAACUCAAAUAAGAGGAGCUGAGCUACAAAACAAGGGUGUUGACCUGAUGCAGCCAUUCAUGGCCAACUGACAGCAGAUGUACAGACUGAUGUACUGAUGGAACUCCUUAAAAUUACAAUUUAACACGUCAACCAGCCUCACCUGUUGCUCUCCUGUGACGUAAAACAGCCACAAAUAAAAUCUGCUUCAUGU